CAUCUGGUCACGCAGCAUGUGGCUUCAUUUAUAAACGCCGUGAAGCGGCGGUCCCGAUCCCCUCGCUCCAGGUCGCCGCGCGCCGGCUGCGCCGCCUCAUUUGCCGCCGGCCGCCGCGUGACCCCUGCGCUUGCUCGCGUCCCAGGCGGCUAACAGGCGCGGGCAGCGCCAAGCCACCCCAUGUCCCCCUUCCCUUUCGCGGCCGCCGCCACCGUCGCCGCCCGAAACCCGCACCGCCUGCUCGGCAGAGGGCUCGUCGCCGCCAUGUCCACAGCUGGGCCCUUCAAGUCGGUGGACUACGAGGUUUUUGGAAGAGUGCAGGGGGUUUGUUUUCGAAUGUACACAGAAGAUGAGGCUAAGAAAAUAGGAGUGGUUGGAUGGGUGAUGAAUACCAGCAAAGGUACUGUGACAGGCCAAGUUCAAGGCCCUGAAGAAAAAGUCAACUCCAUGAAGUCCUGGCUGAGCAAGGUUGGAAGCCCAAGUUCUCGAAUCGACCGAGCGGCUUUUACUAAUGAGAAAACAAUCUCUAAACUUGAUUACACUAAUUUUAGUAUUCGACACUAAGAGAAAGAAACACUGAGAUGCAUGUUCCACACAGAAACCACUCUGUCUCCUUUAAUCCAAAUGCUACAGAGUUCUGAUUUGAAAACUACAUUAUGUAAUCUACUACAAAUGUCUGAUCCAGGACAUUUCACUCCAGUAUUGUUUUAACCAGUGAAAAUAGUAUUUUAAAAUAUGAUGUAUAAAGUUAAAAAUGUUAUUAUAGACUAUUUAACUGAUUAUUUUAAGCUUGUAUAAUGGAAUUGUUAAUUCUAAUAAAUACACUAUGUAGGUUAUUUAAUUAGAUCUAAAAUAAAGUUAACCAUUUAGAAACUAA